UCUCCUUCACCGUUAAUUUAGUGUUGAUGUUUUGUGAGGUGAAAAUGGGUAGAAAAUGCUCACAUUGCGGGAACACAGGCCAUAAUUCAAGGACUUGUACCUCCCGUGGUGCUGUUGCUGGUGGACUUAGGCUAUUCGGAGUUCAAUUUCCCUUAUCUUCCAUUCCUAUGAAGAAGAGUUUUAGCACUGAUUCCCUGUCAACAUCUUCUUCUUCACCAACACCUUCUUUAUCAACAUCUUCACGCGUUACCAUCCAUCAUAGUUCUAAUGGCUAUCUUUCUGAUGGCCUUAUUGCACCUGCUCAAGAUAGGAAAAAAGGUGUGCCGUGGACUGAAGAGGAGCACCGGAUCUUCCUGAUUGGGCUGGAAAAGCUUGGAAAGGGUGACUGGAGAGGCAUCUCUAAGAAAUUUGUGACCACAAGAACUCCAACACAAGUAGCGAGUCAUGCACAGAAAUAUUUCCUUAGACAGAGCAGCCUUAACAAGAGAAAACGCCGUCCCAGUCUUUUUGAUCAGGUGGGAAGCUAUACAUUUUCAGAUCAAAUGCUUAAUCCCGGCAGUUCUAAGACUAAUGAACCUUCUGAUUUUCGUGGGUUGUUAUUGAAGGCAAUAGAUGCUACCCCAACCAAUCCCAACUCCACCAACUUGGACCGUGGAAGCAUUAAUAUUUGUGAUCCUGAGUUGGCUUCGACUUCGUCCCUUAAUUCAUUGCCUAAAUGGUUUAAUGAAUCGUUCAACUUCAAGCCUGCUUGUUUCAGUUUAACAGUGCUCAAAGGUAGAGGUGCGCCGCCUAAUUUAGAGCUUACACUGGCAGCUCCACCAGUAUCACUGGAUCAAAGUAAAGCUCGUUCAUGCGACCUUCUAAUUGGACCCAUUAGUGUAACAUGAAUAACAGUUAUGUUAAUUAGCAGAUCAAUGAACACGAACACAUGUCUUAUGUAUAUUGUUUUAUAUAUGAUUUUCAUCUGCACCAUCAUAACACGUCCAGCUUCUCAUGGUUUAAUGGUAUAAUCAGAAUGUUAAA